AUGGAAUGGAUCAGGCUGCUUCCAUGGAAAGGAUCAGGCAGCUUCCAUGGAACGGAUCAGGCAGCUUCCAUGGAACGGAUCAGGCUGCUUCCAUGGAACGGAUCAGGCAGCUUCCAUGGAACGGAUCAGGCUGCUUCCAUGGAACGGAUCAGGCAGCUUCCAUGGAACGGAUCAGGCAGCUUCCAUGGAACGGAUCAGGCUGCUUCCAUGGAACGGAUCAGGCUGCUUCCAUGGAACGGAUCAGGCAGCUUCCAUGGAACGGAUCAGGCUGCUUCCAUGGAACGGAUCAGGCAGCUUCCAUGGAACGGAUCAGGCAGCUUCCAUGGAACGGAUAGGGCUGCUUCUAUGGAACAGAUCAGGCAGCUUUCAUGGAACGGAUCAGGCAGCUUCCAUGCAACGGAUCAGGCAGCUUCCAUGGAACGGAUCAGGCAGCUUUCAUGGAACGGAUCAGGCAGCUUCCAUGCAACGGAUCGGGCUGCUUCCAUGGAACGGAUUGGGCUGCUUUCAUGCAACAGAUUGGGCUGCUUCCAUGGAAUGGAUAAGGCAGCUUCCAUGCAGCUAUUCAUGUUCUGUUACACUUGGUGGAGGUCUUGA